AUGUCUCGGACUCAAGUGCAAAGUCUCUUUCGUGUGCAAUGGAAAUCAUCACUCAGAAUGAAGCGCGCACCCAGUCGUGUACCUCCCGCGCGUGCUGCAUUCUCGACCUCGGCAUGCCGGGGACUCAUGGAGAUGACUGGGUUCACCGAAGAACAGCUCACUGUCAAAGAAGCGAUCUCUCAUAUCUGUUCUAAAUUCCCCAACACGUACUGGCAGGAGUGCGACCAGCAAGAGAAAGACCCUAAGGAAUUUCACGCAGCUUUGGCUAAAGACGGCUGGCUUGGUAUCGCUUUGCCUGAGUCUCUUGGGGGAGCAGGACUAGGUGUUUCUGAAGCCACAAUGAUGAUGCAGACUAUCACGCAAUCCGGCGCUGGCAUGGCUGGUGCCCAGGCCAUUCAUGCCAAUGUCUACGCGACUCAACCACUGGCUAGAUUCGGCACAAAAAGCCAACUGGAGAAGACGAUCCCUAGCAUCAUAAAUGGAACCUGUCGAACUUGUUUCGGUGUCACUGAGCCUAACACGGGACUUGAUACCCUAAAACUCAAGACUUUUGCCACUAGAACUGCGGAUGGAUAUUCCGUCACGGGUCAGAAGAUCUGGAUCACUUGCGCACAGGUUGCUUCGAAAAUGAUCUUGCUAGCUCGAACUACUCCUCUGGAGGAAGUGACAAAGUCAUCUGAAGGUCUCUCCAUGUUUUGCAUCGAUCUCAACCGCGAUAACCCUGGCUUGGACAUGCGCAAGAUUAAGAAGAUGGGUGGAAGGGCUGUGGACGCCAAUGAAGUGUUCUUUGACAAUUAUUCAAUACCAGCCGACGCAUUAGUUGGAGAGGAGAACCAGGGCUUCAAAAUAAUUUUGCACGGCAUGAACGCCGAGCGCUGCUUGUUAGCAGGCGAGGCCCUAGGUCUCGGGUAUGCCGCACUAGAGAAGGCAUCCCAGUACGCCAAAGAUCGUGUGGUGUUUGGCCGGCCCAUCGGACAGAACCAAGGUGUAUCCCAUCCCCUGGCCGAUGCAUAUAUGAAAUUGGAAGCGGCCAAACUGGCCACCUAUCACGCUGCACGACUCUACGAUACAAAUGAUGGAUCACUUCCAUUUCAUUCCAUUGGGGUGGCCUGCAACAGUGCCAAAUACCUGGCUGCCGAGGCAGCGUUUACGGCUUGCGAACGAGCCGUCUUGGCUCACGGCGGAAUGGGCUAUGCAAUGGAGUACGACGUGGAGCGAUAUUUCCGCGAAUGCCUUGUGCCGCGGAUAGCCCCAGUCAGUCGUGAGAUGAUUUUAAACUACGUCAGUGAGAAAGUGCUUGAGCUGCCUAGAAGCUAUUAG